AUGUUCUCCAUGCAUGCGGUUAAUUCUAAGAUUUCCAGACGAUUGCUCUCAGCGACCUCACCGAGUCCUGAUCUUAUCCCAAUUUCCUUCCCAAUCCCCGGCCGCCCUGCGGACCACUCACCCCCGCUCACAAACUCUCAUGCCCCCGAUCCUUUGUCAAUAGUCCAACUUCGAUCAGCCAACACCGCCGCGGAGGUCCCAGUCAACCACGGCUUGCGCGAUCCCUGA